AUGGAUGUAAAUACAACAACCUUCGCACCACAAAGUGUAGGGCAAUCCCAAUCGACGUCGGAUACUUUGCUUUCAGUACAUCUGAAGAAAACCUUUGACGAAACUACACUCACAAAGGUGCCUAACAGUACUGAAGCGGUCAGCAGCAGUGCCGUCAAUCCAGUUGGCAGGGUGAGUGCGAGUGCAGGUGAUGAGAAGAGCAUCAGCGAGCCGCUAUCAGCUAUGACUACGAGUGGAACUCCUGUCAUAACUACCGCAGCGGCUGUACCACCUGGUGUCAAUGAUCAAACGCGCACUACACUUACAACGGACCAGGUAGGCAGCAGCAGAGAAGAUCAACAAGCUCUGGGUCAAGGCCACACGAGAGCAGAAGGAGAUGAGAAGGCUCAAACUAAGCCAACAUUCUCGACUGGUUCUGCGGGCUCUUCUAAGGCUGCUUCGGUAGUUGCGCUACCGAUUUCCCAACGCCGUACACGACAAGGUUCCUCCUCUCCCAAUGCACGCAGUGGCUCGAGGACCAAGCAGGA